AUGGCCAAAGCAUGUAAUGAUGAGUACGAGGAAUAUGAAGAAGAAAAUAAGGUACCCGAACAUGUUACUGAGGAGUUUCAACAAUUCGAGAAUCAACACAAGCCAAAUCUUGAAGAAACUGAAACUGUGAAUCUCGGAGAUGAGGAAUGUGUUAAAGAAGUCAGAAUCAGUGUCCAUCUGACUGAAGCCCAAAAAAGAGACCUGAUUCAUUUGCUCAGGGAGUAUAUUGAUGUAUUUGUCUGGUCUUAUAAAGACAUGCCAGGGCUGAGCACGAAUAUGGUGUCCCACAAGUUGCCGAUCAAUCCAGAUUUUAAUCCAGUAAAACAAAAGACUCGAAAAUUCAUGUCUGAGUUGAUUUUGAAGAUCAAAGAAGAGAUUACAAAGCAGAUCGAGUCCCAAGUAGUGGAAGUGACGCGGUAUCCGACUUGGUUAGCUAAUCUUGUUCCGUCAUUUGUGGAUUGUUAUGCUGGUUACCACCAGAUCCUGAUGGACGAAGAAGAUGUAGAAAAGACAGCUUUCAUCACUCCAUGGGGUGUAUAUCAUUAUCGGGUGAUGCCUUUUGGUCUCAAGAAUGUCGGUGUUACUUAUAUGAGGGCCAUGACAACCAUAUUUCACGAUAUGAUUCACAAGGAGAUCGAGGUGUAUGUAGAUGAUGUCAUAAUCAAGUCCCGCGAGAGUUCGGAUCAUUGGACUCAUUUGAGGAAGUUCUUUGAUCGCUUGCACCGAGACAAUUUGAAGUUAAAUCCCUCCAAGUGUGCUUUUGGAGUGCCAGCUGGCAAGUUGUUGGGAUUUAUAGUUAGCAGGAGGGGCGAUCCAGGAAUUACCUCCUCCGAAGAGCAAGAAAGAGAUGCCUCGACCAAGUGGACCGAAGAAUGUCAAACUGCUUUUGAUACCAUCAAGAACUAUUUGUCCAAUCCGCCGGUGUUGGUCCCUUCGCGAGAAGGGAUUCCAUUAUUGCUAUAUUUGUCUGUCUCAGAUAACACAUUAGGAUGCGUGCUUGGUCAACAUGACGAAACUGGGAAGAAAGAGCAAGCCAUUUAUUACUUGAGCAAAAGGAUGGACCCUUUGAAGUAUAUUUUUCAGAAAGCAAUGCCGAUCGAGAAGUUGGCUAAAUGGCAAAUGCUUUUGAGUGAAUUUGACAUCGUGUACGUGACUCAGAAGGCGAUAAAGGCACAAGCCUUAGCCGAUCAUCUUGCAGAGAAUCCAGUUGAUGAGGAGUAUGAACCACUCAAGACUUAUUUUCCUGACGAGGAAGUUUCAUUUGUGGGUGAAGAUAUUUAUAAAGUGUACCCCGGAUGGAGAGUAUUCUUUGAUGGAGCGGCGAAUCAUCAAGGGAAAGGUAUCGGAGCAGUCUUAGUGUCAGAAUCUGGUCAACACUAUCCUAUGGCGGCUAAACUCCUAUUUGAUUUCACGAACAACAUGGCAAAAUACAAAACUUGCAUCCUCGGUCUGAAGAUGACAAUUGAUAUGAACGUUCACGAGCUGUUGGUUAUCGGAGAUUCAGAUCAAGGAGAAUGGGCCGUAAAGAACCCAAAGAUCACGUCGUAUGUGCAGUAUAUACGGAAGUUGUGCAAGAGACUUCGCAAGAUUGAAUUCAGGCACACUCCCAGGACACAAAAUGAGUUGGCCGAUGCUCUCGCCACCAUUGCCUCAAUGAUUAAACAUUCAGAUACAAGUUAUAUUGAUCCUUUUGAUAUAGAGGUAAAAGAGCAGCAUGUUCAUUGUUCACAUGUUGAAGCAGAACCAGAUGGUUUGCCUGGGUAUUUUGACAUCAAAAGGUAUUUAGAGACCGAAACUUAUCCUGAGAAUGCAACGUUCAAUCAGAAGAAGUCGAUACGCCGUAUGACUCUCAAUUUCUUUGCAAGUGGGGAAAUCUUUUAUAGGAGGACUCCAAAUUUAGGUCUUCUCAAAUGUGUUAAUGCUAGUGAAGCUGCAAAGCUUCUUGAACAGAUACAUGUUGGAGUUUGUGGUACUCAUAUGAAUGGGCUGACUUUAGCGAGGAAGAUCCUCCGAGCCGGUUAUUUCUGGAUGACUAUGGAACAUGAUUGCUGCAAGUUCGGUGUACCAGAGUUUAUCAUUACUGAUAAUGGAACGAAUCUCAAUAGUCACUUGAUGAGAGAGAUAUAUGAACAAUUCAAGAUUACUCACCGAAAUUCGACCGCAUAUCGUCCCCAAAUGAACGGAGCUGUAGAAGCCGCCAACAAGAACAUAAAGAAGAUUCUGAGGAAAAUGAUUGACAAUCAUAGAGGUUGGCACGACAUGUUUCCAUAUGCUUUGUUGGGUUACAGAACGACUGUCAAGACGUCGAUUGGAGCUACUCCAUACUUAUUAGUAUAUGGAACAGAAGCAGUCAUACCUACGGAAGUUGAGAUACCUUCAUUAAGAAUCAUCCAAGAAGUUGAAUUGAGUGAUGCGGAUUGGAUUCGCAAGCGGAUUGAUCAGUUAACAUUGAUUGAUGAGAAGAGAAUGGUUGUUGUUUGUCAUGGUCAACUUUAUCGACAGAGAAAGAUUCGUGCUUUCCACAAAAGAGUAAGAGCCAGAAUAUUUGAAGUGGGUCAGUUGGUUCUCAAACGCAUUUUUCCUCAUCAAGCUGAGUACAAAGGGAAAUUUGCACCAAAUUGA